AUGACGUCACUCAUCGUUUCCCUCAAAGACCUGAUCAGCUCGGUCUUUGAAGUCAUAUUUUCUAUCAUCAAGGCCGCAUUUGAUGCCGUAUUCUCUACGUUCCAUACCAUUCUCAGCUUUAUCGCUUCUGUUUGUGGCGCACUCCUGAAUACUGCGCAAGGCGCUUUGGGAGCUGCAGGUGGAGUUGGCAAGUUUAUCGCUAUUUAUGGUUAUCAGAAUUACAGAUCGCGGCAGGGUCGACCAGCCAUGGUUGGAAACAAGAAAAUGAACUAG